AUGACCGCUGCACUUAGGAUACUUGCUUAUGGAGUAGCGGCUGAUUUUAUGGAUGAAUAUGUGAGAAUAGCAGAAACCACUGCAAUAACUAGUUUGAAAAAAUUUGUUGCAGCAGUGGUUGCUAUUUUUUCAGAGGAAUACUUGAGGUCACCAAACAAUGAAGACAUCGCUAGAUUGUUAGCCCAUGGCCAAAACCGUGGAUUUCAGGCAUGUUGGGAAGUAUUGAUUGCAUGCAUUGGAAAUGGAAAAAUUGUCCAACUGCAUGGAAAGGGAUGUAUUGUGGUCAUAUUCGUGAGCCAACGGUCUCAUGUAUUUUCUGAACUUGCACAAGGACGUGCUCCUGCAGUUAAUUACUCAAUUAAUGAUGAUGAUUACACAAUGGGAUAUUAUCUUGCCGAUGGCAUAUAUCCACAAUGGUCAACAUUUGUGAAGACAAUCCCAAGGCCAUUAUUAGCAAAAAGAAAAUUAUUUGCAAAAGCUCAGGAGGCAUAUAGGAAGGAUGUAGAGCGUGCAUUUGGAGUGCUUCAAGCACGAUUUGCUAUUGUACGUGGACCUGCACGGUUUUUCUAUCAUGAAACACUACAUGACAUUAUGAAAGCGUGCAUAAUUCUUCAUAACAUGAUUAUUGAAGAUGAGGGAGAUGAAGCUGAAGCAGUGGACUUAGAUUAUGAACAAAUUGAUGAGAUUUCAUGUACACCAAUGUCACGUGAGCCAACAAAUGAAUUUACGGAAUUCAUUCAAGUUCAUCAAUGCAUUAGGGAUCGAGAAGCUCAUUCUCAACUCCAAAUGAAUCUCGUUGAGCAUUUAUGGCAAUUACAAGGAGAGUCAUGA